UACUGAUCUAAAGAUACGGUGCGUUAUAAUUGUAGAUAGAUAUAAGUACAACCAAAAAACAACCUUUAUUGAACACAAUUUAUUGUGUCGUAUCAGAGAAGUCACGAAAUCGUAAAGUUGUCGGAUCAGGAUCGAGCAUCUAUAGUGCACAACAAGGUCCUAAAAACUCGAGUGCAAACUCAUAACCUAAAGAAAGUUGAAAGCUAUUGGAAGUUCAGUGCAAAUUCCAGACUGAGCAAGAACUUUGUUCAGUCGAGUGCAAAUUCCUAAACGUGAGUGGUAUUUCUCAGUUGGGAGUCUGUCUUCGAUAAAACAAAAACAAAAAUAUCUAAAAAGUUUCACGAGUAGAUUCUGAAUUCCAACGACGCGUGUGCUUAUAAUACUUGGAUGUAAUGUUUGUGAAUCGCUGACUAAAUUAGAUCUUGUGUUAGUGUUUUUUCGGUUGUAAUAAACUAGUCAAGGUAUAUAUUAUAUUGUGUGUACCGUGUUCAUAGCGUCUAUUGUUUGGGAAGUUGUGAAUAUACAACCAUACAUACUUAUUGGUUAAACUCAAGCAGGGGUUUAAACAAGGGUGAAUUUUAUUUGGAUUCACGUGGAUUGCUGUCGUGUUCGUUUAGAGUGUCCGUUAGUUAGAGCUUGCUGAAGGAUGUACAAUUUAUCUAUAGGGAUUUUCCCGACUUAGAAUGUUAUCUUGGUGUAGAUAUUUAUUAAUUUAUCAUAAUUUGUGAUCACAAAACUGAUUGUUAUAUCUACAUUAAUAUUACUGUAAAUUUUGUGAUCGUAUCCCGGUGAUAUUUUAAAGUUUAUUUUGUGUUUUAAAUUUGUAACAGAAAUCUAAUCGUCGCCAUGGAAUACCGUGUCUUAUACCUUCUAUGUGUUUUAGCCAUUUCUACAUGUUUCGAACCUGUUUCUGCUGCGGCUUCAGAGGAUGAAGCUGUGUGUGGAUUUACACAUAACGACUGUUCGUAUGAAAUUCGACUUGUUCCGAAAGGUAAUUGUCGGCAUCAGGAUAAAGUCUUUAUGGAAAGCAUGAUGGACAAACAAUUGGAUAGCAGUGACUAUUCCUCAAAGAUGAAUCUCAUGGAACGAGCUUUCUCCGACGUACGCGUUGACCACGAAAAACGUCUGGAAGGAUUGGAAAAGGCUGUCCGGGAUCUUCUGGGACUCGACCCAAAUUCCGCAGAAAUUGAUCAAGAAGUCCAUCGUAGAAGAGGGAAUUUUCAGAACAGCGACGACAAGGAAGUCGUUUCGAAAUUACACGAAGAGUUUACUAAAUUACGAAUUGAAAUUAAAAGAAAGAAUUCGGAUUUAAUGGACGCCGAGAUUAAAUAUAAUAACAGCAUGGUUACUCUGAAAGAUGCUCAACUAAAACUUCUGAGAACGAGUCAGGAUUUAUUAGAUGCCGAGAAUAAAGUGUCAUUUAUGGAAAGGGAACGAAUGAUUCUCAGAAACCAACUGAAGGAUAAAUCUUACAGAUUGGAUAAAACAGGUUCGAAGGCGACGGAAUGUGAAAAUAAAACAGGCACGUUACAAACGCAGGUCUUCUCCUUGUACAGAUCCGAGGCGACAUUAAAGGAAGAUCUCGAAACGUGUGUAUACGAGAAGAAUAGUACGAUAGUCAAGCUAAACGAGGCUAAACGACGUCAUGCGCACCUGAAACGACGCCAUAGUGAUCAGCGUACUGUAUUGACAAUCAGAGAAAACGAACUGAUUGAUUGUUAUAGCGCCAAAACCCAAACAUUUUGCGGUUUUGAAGAUCCGAAUAUAUGUGGCUUUACCCAAAUUAGUGGUACUGUAGGAGAUGAUUUUGAUUGGACUAGGGCCCAGGGUAAAACACCAUCAGCCAACACAGGCCCUCUUAAAGACCAUACCUGUGAGAGUGAAAAAGGUCAUUUUAUGUUCAUUGAAGCUUCUGCCAAAGGCAAGGGAAACAAUGCCAUAAUUUAUUCACCCUUAUAUAGGGGUAUGACUCAACAGUGUGUGGAGUUCUUCUAUCAUAUGAAUGGACGACACAUUGGUACGCUCAAUGUCUACGCUAGGGCCAGAGGUGCGGAGUUAGAUUCUGUUUGGAGGGCCUACGGUAACCAGGGUAACGUCUGGUCGUUUGCACGUCUGGGUAUACCUAAAGAACUGGCAAGAGCCGGAUAUCAGAUUGCCUUUGAGGGAAUCACAGAGAAUGGUUACCAAGGUGAUAUAUCAAUUGAUGACGUCAGUGUAACAGAUGCCGCGUGUCCUGUAGAUUCGGGAGUUACAGCCGUUCAGGUGGCCGUCAACUCCACAGAACUCAUCAAAGCCGGCAAAAGCUUCGCUAGGAAUUUAAGAAAGAAAAAACUGAGACGUGUCCCCAAACCUUAAAAACCUAUCGAUGAAUAAUUUCAUCAGAGAAACUAAACGUCAAUGGCAGCAUUUUGUUCGACAGUUCUUAACGCUUCGGGUUCUUUCUUCGAAUUAACAGAUUCUGAUAAAUUUGUAAUAUAUUCAGAUUUGUAAUGGAUAUUGUUCAAGCAACACAACUGCUCAAAGCUCAAAUGCUGUAAAUAUGGCGUCGUUUUUAAUCAUGGUAAAAUAGAUAGAAAUUCUCUAAACGCUUUAUGCUACUCAUUCGACAUAAUAUAAAUAAUGCAAUAAUUAGUUAAUUAGAAUUAGUUUGUGGACAGGUUUUCGAAUUAAAAUUCAUUUUAAUAAUCUGUAGCAUUUAGGCUACGACUAUAAUAGAGCAUAUAAUAACUUCUUGCUGAGAAUAUUUAGGAUAAUGUAUAAUUUGUUCACGACUUAAUCCUGGCUAAAUUCUAUCCAUUUGAUUAUUUGAUAUUUAAUUAAGAACACAAACCCAAACUUUCAAGUGGGGUUGAGUGGUCGAUUGAAUAAGGCGUGCGCGUUGGAUCAUUGAGUCAAGCGGUGUGAUUUCGAUUCCCCGCUUAUACGUGGCAAGGAGUAGGGUUGCUGUCCAAUCUCGUGGGUUUUCUCCAGGUCCUCCGGUUACCCCCCCCACCCCUUCCACACUGCUAAAGCCCCCGCGCCAGCAAAUUAUUGAAAUAAAAUUGAACCAUAGGUUAGUCCCGAAUUGACCUAGUGUGUGUCGAGUGGACGUUAAACCCUAUUUCUCUCUCUCACCACAAACUUUCAACGGUAUAUUUAAAAGAGGCCUAUCAAAAUAUUUACUCAACAUUUAUAAGUGGUCCUGGAUAGGAUGCUGAAUUGUGCGAAAUUACGAAAUCAUUAUAUCUGUAAAUACUGAUUGGACUGUGCAAGACAUUCUGCACUCAGAGAACUAUUUACUUUACUUUGAGAAUAGAUCUCUGUUCUAACUGUCCGCCAUUUCCAGCCAUUAGUAUACUGUUUUGUAAUGCGGUCCAACUUCGGCUCACACAAAACCUUUUCAAUUUUAUUAAAUGAAAGUAGAAAAAAAACUUCUCAAAAUUUUCAUAAUAUACGUUUCAUUUACUGGCGUACUGUUAAAAAUGGCAAAAUCCUCCGAACAAUAAAAAUAACAAAACAAAAAUUUAAUUAUUAUUUAAAUGUUUAUGGCAUACUGUUAAAAAUGGCAAAAUAGUCUGGAAAAAUAAAAUUAGCGAAAUGAAUUGUUAAUGAUUAAUUUUGUUAAUUCACUGUUCAACACGAACGACUCGUUAAAUGGCAUAUUGUUAAAUAAUGCCGUUUGAAUAAUAGUUAUGAGAUUUAAUAAUAUAACAUUCGGAGUUCGUUAGUUCGUUCGCAUUUUUUGAACACAGUUAUUGAAAAUAAAAUGGCAAAAUACUCUGAAAAAUAAAAAUAGCGAAAUGAAUUUUUAAUCAUCAAUUUUGUUAAUUCACUGUCUGUUCAACACGAACGACUCAUUAAAUGGUAUACUGUUAAAUAAUGCUCUUUUAUAGACAUUAAGUAACUGGAUAGAGCAAUAAACUAUAACACAUAAUUAUGGAAGAACAAUUACUCAUUUAUUUGGGCGACGUUUCGAAGAGUAUUCUCUCAACGUUUUCAAGUAAUUGUUCUUCCAUAAGUAUGUGUUGUAGUUUAUUGUUAAAUAAUGCCCUUUGAAUAAUGGUUAUGAGAUUUAAUAAUAUUAUAGCAUUCGGAGUUCGUUCGUUCGCAAUUUGUGAACACAUUUAUGGAAAAUAUAUUUUAAAAAAGUAAACUUAUAAUGUUAUAAAAGAUUUGUUUUUUAAAAUAAGCAUAGCUUUAAUUUAACAUCCAAGUAAAAUAACUGUGCUUAUUGCCUAGAAUUCAUUAUUGUAUUUUAGUAACCUGUAAUAUAUGUGUUAUUGUUUUAGGUUUUAAUAAAACUAGUUUAUAUUUUUA